AAUACACCUCCGGGAUUUUUGCUACCGUCCAGGAGUUCUGAGAGUGCACGGGAUUGUCGCAAGAGAAAAGCCCUUCGAAUCCAAUAUCUGGCGGAAAGCGUAAGAUUGCGUGAAAUGACGGUUCUUAAAAUGCGGCAGGAUGUUGAAAAACUUAUCGAGGCAUGCCACAAAAUUGACAACGGGGAGAUCAGUCAAAGUGUUCUGAAUGACCUUGGAAUUAUGCUUGAGUAG